CAACACCUCACCUCACCCUUCGAACGACAUCCUCAAUCGACAAUCGACUUUCUCCUCCAGCAGGAGUUCUGGAUUCGCUUCGGUCGAAUAGAUUGUACACAGCACCUCAACAACAACGACACCGGAGCAGCCGCCCGUGAUGCCACCGAAGGCCGCCAAAAAGGCCCUGCCCCUGCCCCUGGCGGGAAGCAUUAUCGCCCUCAGCGGCAAAUUCCCACGUUCACAAUCCGCCAUAGAGCAGGAUCUCAUCACUGCUCUGGGAGCCACUCUUACCAAGACUGUCACUUCUUCUACUACCCACCUAAUUACCACCGACACCGAUUAUGAGAAGCUGCCAGCCAAGGUCAAGCAAGCAAAGUCACAUGAUGUGCAAAUCGUCAAACUGCAAUGGCUUGAGGACUGCUUGGAUCAGAGCAAGAAAUUGAGUGAGGGCGACUACAGCUUCGAUGCUAUGCCUGCUGAACCCACUACUAAUGGCAAGGCCAAUGGCUCUCGAAAGCGGAGUGCUGAUGAUGCGGAUGACGAUCCUCAGGCACAACCAAGCAAGAAGAAGACCAAACCCACCAACGGCUCCACUUCGCAAUCUCAACAAGCACCCAAAGCUAAAUCCAAAGCAAACGGAGAUGCCUCGGAUGGUCAGACCAACAUUGCGAAGUCACACGAUGUUCAAAUUCCAGUCGACGAGCACUGUCCUCUCACGCAUUAUCGGGUGUAUAUUGAUGACGAUGGUGUUAUUUAUGAUGCAGCUCUCAAUCAAACCAAUUCUAGCGAUAACAAUAACAAGUUCUACCGCGUUCAGCUUCUCUUCAAUGGUGGCCACUAUCAGACUUGGACUCGCUGGGGCAGAGUCGGAGACCGUGGACAGAGUAAAACCCUUGGUUCCGGUGGUCUCGACGACGCUAUCAAGCAAUUCAAUUCAAAGUUCAAGGACAAGAGUGGCUUGGCUUGGGAAAACCGUGGCGACAAACCGAAGUCGGGUAAAUAUACUUUCAUUGAGAGAACUUACGGCGAUGAUUCAGAGGACGAGGGUGAUGAUGCCCCAACCAAGGCUGAGAGCGAAGAGAGGCUGCCAUCUCCCGAGUCGACACUCGCCCAGCCGGUUCAAGACUUAAUGGAGCUCAUCUUCAACCAACAGUACUUCGCUGCAACCAUGACCGACCUGAAUUACGACGUUAAAAAGCUGCCACUUGGAAAACUUAGCAAUUUCACUAUCACUCGAGGCUAUCAAGCUUUGAAGGACCUCUCCGCUUUGCUGAACGAUCCCUCACUGGCACAAUCCGAAUACGGUACAUCAUACCAAGUUGCCACCGAGCAAUUGUCGAAUGCUUUCUACUCCCUCAUUCCACAUGCUUUCGGCCGUAACCGACCUCCAAUAAUCCAGAAUCAAGCCAUGCUCAAUAAGGAAAUUGACCUUCUCGAUAGCCUGAGCGAUAUGAAGGAUGCAGCCAAUAUCAUGAAGAAAGAGCCGAAAGAUAUCGAGAAGAUUAACGCUCUCGACCGACAAUUCAAGGGCUUGAACUUGGACGAAAUGACCCCGCUAAAAAGCAGCAGCCCGGAAUUUCUUGAACUCAAGAACUACUUGGUGGAGACGAAAGGCCAAACCCAUCAUGCCAACUACCAAGUUGAUCAGAUCUUCCGCAUUGAACGCCAAGGAGAGAAGGAUCGUUUCGAUAAAAGCUCUUUCUCAGGACCCCCUCGUAACAGACGACUGCUCUGGCACGGUUCUCGCGCCACCAACUUCGGUGGUAUCCUGAGUCAAGGUUUGCGUAUUGCACCUCCAGAAGCUCCAGUAUCUGGAUAUAUGUUUGGGAAGGGCAUCUACCUGGCAGACAUGAGCUCCAAGUCUGCGAACUACUGCUGCUCGUACAUCUCGGGUGGCACUGCUUUGUUGCUUCUCUGUGAGGCAGAGCUUGGCGAUCCUAUGCAGACACUUACAAACGCUUCGUAUAGUGCCGGUGAGGAUGCAAAGGCGAACGGAAUGUUCUCAACCUGGGGCCAAGGUUUGAUUGGUCCGAGCCUGUGGAAGGAUGCCGAGUGUGUCCACCCGUCGCUGAAGGGUGUCAAGAUGCCGGAUAUCAAAGUUAAGCCCGGCGACACAGGCGUCAAUAAUGCAUACCUCCAGUACAAUGAGUACAUUGCAUAUGAUAUUGCCCAAGUUCGGCUUCGAUAUUUGUUCCGCGUUCGCAUGUAGAACAACCGAAAGGCAAAAUUCUCCUGGGUAUUAUCGGUGAAGGUCAUUGUGCGUUCUUCCCUCUAAAGCGUGUAGUAGACCAUAGGUGUUACGGGAAGCGUGGAGUUGCAGUGGCUGAACAUUUGUGCAUGGAAAAGCUGUCAUUUUGCAGGGUCACAUUUCUUGAUAUGGCAAAGGAGUUGUCAUCUCUGUUGUUGGGAGGGGACACUGCGAGAUCACUUGUUGCAGGCCUAGACGGGCACGGUCAUUACGAAAAAUACAUCUGUAGCUAGAGCUAGAAACGGCUGUCUUUGCUUGAUACGUCGGCCUGACGAAACAUAGCUAGAUAAAAGUAUUGCACAUGAUAUCAAUGAUUCCGUGGUCCCACUUAAUCAGCG